AUGAAGGCAGUCGUAAUCAGAGGUUCGAAGGCCGUCCUGAGCCGGUCACGAGAAUUACCAAAACUCCGGGACGAUUGUCUAUUAGUUCGUCCAGUGGCCGUGGCGCUCAACCCAACAGACUGGAGACACAUUAAGAACAGGCGUGCCAAGGAUGAUUGUAUUCUAGGAUGCGAUUAUUCUGGAGUCGUGGAAUCUGUUGGGUCUGGCGUAGGAGAUCAAUGGAAACCCGGUGAUAGGAUAUUUGGUUCUGCUCAUGGUGCUAACCUAGUCAAUGCGGACGACGGCGUUUUCGCAGAGCUCGCGUGUGUCAUUGGGGAUCUCCAAAUGAGAAUGCCUGAAUCCUUAACUUUCGCACAGGCCGCCACCAUUGGCUUAGGAGCCGGCACAGUUGGCCAAGGACUCUAUCAAAAAGGUCUAAAACUUGACUUGCCUGGCCUAGAAGGUAAAAGAGACCCAAGGGGUAUUUCAGUGUUGAUAUAUGGAGGAGGGACCUCAACUGGAGCAUUGGGGAUCCAAUAUGCGAAACUCUCUGGCUAUAAUGUUAUAACCACAUGCUCGCCUCGCCAUUUCGAGUACGUUAAGGAUUUGGGUGCAGAUUUUGCAGUUGAUUACUCCGACGCCGACGCAGGUGCGAAAAUCCGGCAAUACACCAACAAUCGUCUCACAUUGGCGUGGGAUACCAUCAGCAAGACUGAUUCUGCUCGUAUAUGUGCCGAAGCUCUCACCAGCCUAUCAUCUCUUAAACCUAUCUAUAGUAAUCUAUUGCCAAUCAAAAGUCCUCGGCAAGAUGUUUCGUCCACUACGACAGUUUUCCAUACGAUUUUUGGCAAACGGUUCAAAUUUGGGAGCCAAGAAAUGCAGGCUCUACCAGAAGACUAUGAGUUCGGCAAAACCUUUUAUCGCCUCACAGAAUAUCUUUUAGCCAAGGGACACUUACGACCACACAAGUGCCGCGUAGAGCGAGGUGGAUUGGAAGGAGUUAUCCAAGGAUUGCUGGACUUAGAGGCCGGUAAGAUCCGGGGCGAAAAGCUAGUGUACAUGCUUGAGGAUACGCCUUAA